GCCGGUGCGGGGCGGAGCUGACAGGGCCGCAGCGGUUUACCCCCGCUCGCGUUCUCGGAACGUGCCGGAGCUGCUGCGGGCGGCACCCUCUGCGCUCCGCCAAGAGUGCUGGGGGCGGGAGAUGACGGUGAUUUCCCCGCUGCUUGGCCCUCAGAGCACCCUCUCUCUUUUACUGGCGGCUCCGGGGCUGCAGAUGUAGCAGAGAUCUGGUUGGAGUUGGAGGGUGAGAGAAAAUGGAUUAUUUUCCUAAUUUACUUAUACAGAACUCAACUGUUACAGUCAAUAUGACCAAGAAUUUGUCUACAACAGUAUCACAUGGAUUUAAUUCUACUAAUGACUCACCUUCAAUGUCCGUAACAAGGCUUUUCCCAGCCUUACUAGAAUGCUUUGGCAUAGUCCUUUGUGGCUAUAUAGCAGGAAGGUCCCAUGUCAUAACAUCAACACAGGCCAAAGGACUGGGAAAUUUUGUUUCCAGAUUCGCCCUUCCAGCUUUAUUAUUCAAAAACAUGGUGGUACUUAAUUUUUCCAAUGUGGAUUGGGCUUUCCUAUAUAGCAUCUUAAUUGGCAAAGCUUCUGUAUUUUGUAUUGUAUGUAUUUUAACCUUAUUGGUUGCCAAUCCUAAUAGUCGAUUUAGCAAAGCUGGACUAUUCCCUAUUUUUGCUACACAAAGUAAUGACUUUGCAUUGGGAUACCCUAUAGUUGAAGCUUUGUAUCAAUCUACAUACCCAGAAUAUCUCCAGUACAUUUAUUUGGUGGCACCAAUAUCUCUUAUGAUGCUAAAUCCUAUAGGGUUUAUCUUCUGUGAAAUACAGAAGUCGAAAGACACUCAAAAUACUUCUCAAAACAAAAUAAAAAUUGUGGGUCUUGGAUUUCUUCGUGUGUUACAGAACCCAAUAGUAUUUAUGGUCUUCAUUGGUAUUGCCUUCAAUUUUAUUCUUGAUAAAAAGGUGCCCAUAUAUAUGGAAAAUUUUCUUGAUGGACUUGCAAAUUCUUUUUCUGGAUCAGCCCUAUUUUAUCUUGGUCUUACAAUGGUAGGAAAAAUAAAGAGACUGAAGAAGUCAGCAUUUGUUGUACUAAUUCUUCUCAUCACAGCUAAACUCUUGGUGCUGCCACUUCUGUGCAGAGAAAUGGUGGAACUAUUGGACAAGGGUGACAGUGUAGUGAACCAUACAAGUCUAUCGAAUUAUGCAUUUUUGUAUGGUGUCUUUCCUGUAGCACCAGGAGUGGCUAUCUUUGCAACACAGUUCAACAUGGAAGUAGAGAUUAUAACCUCAGGGAUGGUAAUAAGCACAUUCGUGUCUGCUCCCAUCAUGUAUGUUUCUGCCUGGUUACUGACCUUUCCCACUAUGGACCCUAAGCCAUUGGCAUAUGCCAUCCAGAAUGUUAGUUUUGAUAUAAGUAUUAUCAGCUUGGUCUCAUUGAUCUGGUCUCUGGCUAUUCUUCUUUUGAGUAAGAAAUACAAGCAGCUUCCUCAUAUGCUUACUACUAAUUUACUCAUUGCUCAGUCUAUUGUCUGUGCUGGAAUGAUGAUAUGGAAUUUCGUUAAGGAAAAAAAUUUUGUUGGACAAAUUUUGGUGUUUGUUCUAUUGUACAGCUCCCUGUAUAGCACCUACCUGUGGACAGGCCUUCUAGCAAUUUCAUUGUUUCUUUUAAAAAAGCGAGAAAGUGUACAAAUUCCUGUUGGAAUCAUCAUAAUAUCUGGCUGGGGAAUUCCUGCUCUCCUUGUUGGUGUUCUCUUGAUAACUGGAAAACACAAUGGAGAUAGCAUUGACUCCGCCUUCUUUUAUGGAAAAGAGCAGAUGAUCACCACGGCAGUGACACUGUUCUGCAGCAUUCUGAUAGCAGGGGUGUCUCUCAUGUGCAUGAACAGGACCACUCAAGCAGGACACUAUGAAGGCUUUGGCCAGUCUCAGAGCCACAAACCAGUAGAGCCUGGGAGCACUGCUUUUGAGGAGAGUUCAGCACCAACAAACGAGCCAGAAUUUUUUACAAGUUCUAUCCCAGAACCAAGUUGCUGCUCUUGCUCCAUGGGAAAUGGUGAAUUACACUGCUCAGCAACAGAGCCAGUAGCAAACACAAGCACCAGUGGGCCUGUGACUCCUUCAUUUGAGAAAAAUGAUCACUGCGUGAGUCGCUGUAACUCCCAGAGCUGCAUAUUAGCCCAGGAAGAAGAACAGUAUCUGCAGAGUGGGGACCAGCAACUGACUCGACAUGUCUUGCUGUGUUUACUUCUCGUUAUUGGCAUGUUUGCUAAUCUUUCCAGUUGUCUAUGGUGGCUGUUCAACCAGGAGCCUGGAAGACUAUAUGUUGAGUUACAGUUUUUCUGUGCUGUGUUUAACUUUGGCCAGGGAUUUAUUUCCUUUGGAAUCUUUGGCUUGGACAAACAUUUAAUCAUCCUACCUUUCAAAAGAAGGCUUGAAUUCUUAUGGAAUAAUAAAGAAACAGCAGAAAACAGAGAUUCUCCUGUUUCUGAAGAAAUAAAAAUGACAUGCCAGCAAUUUAUCCAUUACCACCGUGACCUCUGUAUCCAAAACAUUGUCAAGGAAAGAAGGUGUGGUGCAAAGACUUCUGCUGGCACCUUCUGUGGCUGUGACCUGGUGAAUUGGCUAAUUGAAAUCGGCCUUGCCUCUGACCGUGGUGAAGCUGUGAUAUAUGGAGACAGGCUGGUGCAAGGGGGAGUCAUCCAACAUAUUACCAACGAAUAUGAAUUUCGGGAUGAGUAUUUGUUUUACAGAUUUCUUCAAAAGAAUCCGGAACAGAGUCCUCCUGCUAUUAAUGCAAGCAACCCCCAACAGGAAAGCUAUAAAGAAAUUGAGCAUUCAUCCCCACCCCCUUUUUCCUCUAAUACCUAAAUUAUGAAGGAAAGAGCCCUUCAUAGAAUCAUACUCUAGACCUACAUCUAUUAGUUUUUAGCUGUGUGACCUCUGGCAAGUUAGCCUCUCUGAGCCUCAAAUUGUCUCUUCUGUAAAACUUGACAAGACACAUUCCUACUCCAUACUGACACUGCGUGAUUUUAUGUGUAUGUAAAACACAUAAGAAACUGACUUAAGAAAAAGAGAAAGCCAAAUUAAAGUUCUGAUAAUGAAUACAAAAAUUACUAUAAAUAAUGCUAAUAUGCCAACAUUUUAAAAUCAUUUCUUCCUGCAUCCAUCUGCUAUAAUUUCAAAAUCAAUAUCCAACUGACUAUUUCCUUUAAAUUAUCAAAUUUGGUAGCUUUACUGCUAGCAAAAUGCACCUUAAAUUAUGACUUUAUAUUU